CGCCAGACUCCAAGCGGGGGCCAGAGGGAGGGCAGGAGGACCCAGAACACGGUCCCCAGGCCCCGGAACCGCGGGACUUCGGACUUGUGCAACUGUUGCCACUUUGGGAUCGGGUGUUUCGCUGCUGGAGCGACUACCCUGGCAGCCUGCGGUGUAGGCUCGCGUCCCCCUCGGCUUCCCGCGUCUAGCGGCCGCCGCCGCUCCGAGGCGGCCCGGCGCGCACUCAGCACCAUGAGGACACUUGGGACUUGCCUGGUGACUUUGGCUGGACUUUUGCUAACUGCGGCCGGGGAGACGUUUUCAGGUGGCUGCCUCUUUGAUGAACCAUACAGCACAUGUGGAUAUAGUCAAGCUGAUGAUGACGACUUCAACUGGGAGCAGGUGAACACCUUGACCAAACCGACAUCUGAUCCAUGGAUGCCAUCAGGUUCCUUCAUGCUGGUGAAUGCUUCCGGAAAACCAGAGGGCCAGAGGGCUCACCUACUCUUGCCUCAGCUUAAGGAAAAUGACACCCACUGCAUCGAUUUCCACUAUUUUGUUUCCAGCAAGAGUAACUCUGCCCCUGGGCUGCUCAGUGUCUACGUGAAGGUGAAUAAUGGGCCUUUGGGGAACCCUAUCUGGAACAUGUCUGGAGAUCCAACCCGCACAUGGCACAGGGCAGAACUGGCCAUCAGCACCUUCUGGCCCAACUUUUACCAGGUGAUUUUUGAGGUGGUAACCUCUGGACACCAAGGCUACCUUGCUAUUGAUGAAGUCAAGGUGUUAGGACAUCCAUGCACCAGAACUCCCCACUUCCUGCGGAUUCAGAACGUGGAGGUGAAUGCUGGCCAGUUCGCUACCUUCCAGUGCAGCGCCAUAGGCAGGACGGUGGCUGGGGACCGGCUCUGGCUGCAGGGCAUUGAUGUCCGAGACGCCCCUUUGAAGGAGAUAAAAGUGACGAGUUCCAGAAGAUUCAUAGCCUCAUUUAAUGUUGUCAACACGACCAAGCGGGAUGCUGGGAAGUACCGCUGUAUGAUUCGCACAGAAGGAGGCGUUGGCAUAUCAAACUAUGCAGAAUUGGUAGUUAAAGAGCCACCUGUUCCCAUUGCGCCACCCCAGCUUGCCUCUGUGGGAGCAACCUAUCUGUGGAUACAGCUCAACGCCAACUCCAUCAAUGGGGAUGGGCCCAUUGUGGCUCGUGAGGUCGAGUACUGCACAGCCAGUGGGAGCUGGAAUGAUCGGCAGCCGGUGGAUUCCACGAGUUACAAAAUUGGACACCUUGACCCAGACACGGAGUAUGAGAUCAGUGUGCUUCUCACCAGACCAGGGGAGGGCGGCACUGGGUCUCCUGGGCCAGCUCUGAGAACAAGAACCAAGUGUGCUGAUCCCAUGCGUGGCCCAAGAAAACUGGAAGUUGUAGAGGUGAAGUCUCGACAAAUCACCAUCCGUUGGGAGCCAUUUGGAUACAAUGUAACUCGUUGCCAUAGUUAUAACCUCACAGUUCACUACUGUUACCAGGUUGGAGGGCAGGAGCAGGUGCGUGAAGAAGUGAGCUGGGACACGGAUAAUUCACACCCUCAGCAUACAAUCACCAACCUGUCCCCGUACACCAAUGUCAGCGUGAAGCUCAUUCUCAUGAACCCCGAGGGGCGCAAGGAGAGUCAGGAACUCAUCGUGCAGACAGAUGAAGACCUCCCAGGUGCUGUGCCUACAGAGUCCAUCCAAGGAAGUACCUUCGAGGAGAAGAUAUUUCUUCAGUGGAGAGAGCCAACACAAACAUAUGGUGUCAUCACUCUAUAUGAGAUCACCUACAAAGCAGUCAGCUCCUUUGACCCAGAAAUAGAUUUAUCCAACCAAAGUGGAAGAGUUUCAAAACUAGGAAAUGAAACCCAUUUUCUGUUCUUUGGCCUGUAUCCUGGAACUACAUACUCCUUCACCAUCAGAGCCAGCACAGCAAAGGGGUUUGGACCUCCAGCAACAAACCAGUUCACCACCAAGAUAUCAGCACCAUCCAUGCCAGCGUAUGAAUUUGAGACACCUUUGAAUCAGACUGACAAUACGGUGACAGUGAUGUUGAAACCUGCCCAAAGCAGAGGGGCACCUGUCAGUGUCUAUCAAAUAGUUGUUGAGGAAGAGCGCCCUCGGAGAACCAAAAAGACAACGGAGAUCUUGAAGUGCUACCCAGUGCCAAUUCACUUCCAGAAUGCUUCGGUGCUGAACUCGCAGUACUACUUCGCUGCAGAGUUUCCUGCAGACAGCCUCCAAGCUGCCCAGCCCUUUACCAUUGGUGACAAUAAGACAUACAAUGGCUACUGGAACACUCCCCUUCUCCCCCACAAAAGCUACAGAAUUUAUUACCAAGCGGCUAGUAGAGCCAACGGGGAAACCAAAAUUGACUGUGUCCGAGUGGCCACAAAAGGAGCUGUUACUCCCAAGCCAGUCCCUGAACCUGAGAAACAAACAGACCACACUGUUAAAAUUGCCGGAGUGAUCGCGGGCAUCUUGCUGUUUGUUAUCAUAUUUCUUGGAGUUGUGCUGGUCAUGAAGAAGAGGUUUAACCUCCAAUGUGAUCUCCGGAAUUCCUGGUAUCGUGUGGCUUACACACAUAGGAAACUGGCCAAGAAGAGGAAGGAGACGAUGAGCAGUACCCGGCAGGAGAUGACUGUGAUGGUGAAUUCUAUGGACAAGAGCUAUGCUGAGCAAGGCACGAACUGUGACGAAGCCUUUUCGUUCAUGGACACACACAACCUGAACGGGAGAUCUGUGUCUUCACCAUCAUCCUUUACGAUGAAAACAAACACGCUGAGCACAUCAGUGCCGAAUUCCUAUUACCCAGACGAGACCCACACAAUGGCCAGUGACACCAGCAGCCUGGUGCAGUCCCACACAUACAAGAAGCGAGAGGCUACCGACGUGCCUUACCAGACUGGGCAGCUUCACCCGGCCAUCCGCGUGGCAGAUCUCCUCCAACACAUAACUCAGAUGAAAUGUGCUGAGGGCUAUGGCUUCAAGGAGGAGUAUGAGAGCUUCUUUGAAGGACAGUCUGCACCAUGGGACUCUGCUAAGAAAGACGAGAACAGGAUGAAGAACAGAUACGGGAACAUCAUUGCAUAUGACCACUCAAGGGUAAGGCUGCAGAUGCUGGAAGGUGACAACAACUCCGACUAUAUCAACGGCAAUUACAUCGAUGGUUAUCACCGACCCAAUCAUUAUAUUGCAACCCAGGGACCCAUGCAGGAGACCAUCUAUGACUUCUGGAGGAUGGUGUGGCAUGAGAACACUGCGAGCAUCAUCAUGGUGACCAAUCUCGUGGAAGUGGGAAGGGUCAAGUGCUGCAAAUAUUGGCCUGACGACACUGAGAUCUAUAAGGACAUUAAAGUCACUCUAAUAGAUACAGAGCUGCUGGCCGAAUAUGUGAUAAGAACGUUCGCCGUGGAAAAGGGAGGGGCCGGAGGUGAAGCAAACUGCAGUCCGUCCAGAGAAGUGCCACAGAGAGGCAUUCAUGAAAUCCGGGAGAUCAGACAGUUUCACUUCACUGGCUGGCCGGAUCACGGGGUCCCCUACCACGCCACUGGUCUGCUUGGAUUUGUCCGGCAGGUGAAAUCCAAGAGCCCACCUAAUGCAGGUCCACUGGUGGUGCACUGCAGCGCUGGUGCAGGCAGGACCGGCUGCUUCAUAGUCAUUGAUAUCAUGCUGGACAUGGCAGAGAGGGAAGGCGUGGUGGACAUCUACAACUGUGUCAGAGAGCUUCGGUCCAGGAGAGUCAACAUGGUGCAGACGGAGGAACAGUAUGUAUUCAUCCAUGACGCCAUCCUGGAAGCCUGUCUUUGUGGAGACACCUCCAUCCCUGCCUCCCAAAUCAGGUCUCUGUAUUAUGACAUGAACAAAUUGGACCCACAGACAAACUCAAGCCAAAUUAAAGAAGAAUUCCGGACUCUCAACAUGGUGACGCCCACCCUGCGAGUGGAGGACUGUAGCAUCGCACUCCUGCCCCGGAACCACGAGAAAAACCGCUGCAUGGACAUCCUUCCCCCGGACCGCUGCCUGCCCUUCCUCAUCACCAUCGAUGGAGAGAGCAGCAACUACGUCAACGCAGCCCUGAUGGACAGCUAUAAACAGCCUUCAGCGUUCAUUGUCACCCAGCAUCCUUUGCCAAACACUGUCAAAGACUUCUGGCGACUGGUCUUGGAUUAUCACUGCACGUCGGUAGUUAUGCUCAAUGAUGUGGAUCCUGCCCAGUUGUGUCCACAGUACUGGCCAGAAAAUGGAGUGCACAGACAUGGCCCCAUCCAGGUGGAAUUUGUGUCUGCGGAUUUAGAGGAAGACAUCAUCAGUAGGAUCUUCAGGAUUUACAAUGCCUCCAGACCGCAGGAUGGUCAUCGCAUGGUUCAGCAGUUCCAGUUCCUGGGAUGGCCGAUGUACAGGGACACACCCGUGUCCAAGCGCUCCUUCCUGAAGCUCAUCCGCCAAGUGGACAAGUGGCAGGAGGACUACAAUGGCGGUGAAGGCCGCACAGUUGUGCACUGCUUGAAUGGAGGGGGCCGUAGCGGCGCGUUCUGUGCCAUCAGCAUUGUCUGUGAGAUGCUCCGACACCAGAGAACUGUGGAUGUCUUUCAUGCUGUCAAGACACUGAGGAACAACAAGCCCAACAUGGUGGACCUCCUGGAUCAGUACAAGUUCUGCUAUGAGGUGGCCCUGGAGUACUUGAACUCUGGCUGACUGCAUCCACAGCUCUGCGGGGGAAUGCCUUCCUACCACAAAGUCAAGACGUCCUCUGGCGUCUGUGAUGAUGAGAUGAAGAAUUGUCAGUAUGCUUAUUUUGCUUUGCAUAAUUGGCUCUUUUUAAGAGCCCAAGAAAGUGUUUCUAAAACUGCUUGCACUGCCCAGUUCCCUGUAAUGCUGCUGCGUGACCAAAACACAGCAGACAGUCACCAGAGACUGUCCUCCUCGCCACCGGCCAUGUUAGAGCAGCGCAGAUAUCUGGUCAACCGAAGAGCACAAUUAUAUUCUUAUGAAGGAAUUUGUACUUUUGGGGUUAUUUUUUUUGUGGCUGUGACCCUUUGUCAUUGUUACAACUGAGUGUAUGUUUUGUUCUGUGGAGAAUGCUACCUGGCAUUAUGAUAAUAUAUUCUUUUAGUUAAUAUUUGUAUUUUAACAUGUUGCAUAAUAUAAGAUUAUAUAGCUUUCAAGGACUAACAGAUAAAGAUGUAAUGAACAAAGACGCAGUGUGUGAGUUCUUUCUAGCAGAUUUGUAUGGUUCAAAGAGGAAAGCUGGGGAGGCCUCCGCUCAGAAAUGUAACGUGGUUGGAGUCACAGAUCCAAAGCUUUUCCAUUUGUUUAUAUUGUAAAUAUUUUUUGAUUUCAUCAAAUUAUUUAUUCAUUAAAAGAAAUUUUGUGAUGCACA